AUGGUCAAUUUUGGGGUUUCUCGGGGGUGUGAUACAUGCAAAAAGCGCCGCAAAAAGUGUGAUGAGACUCGUCCAGGUUGCCUCCGGUGUGCUAGAUCUCAUCGAUCAUGUCCUGGCUAUAAAGAUGACACAUCGCUGUUCUUUAGGCAUUAUCACCCUGCAAGUGUCUUCUCGACCCCCGCCCUAGAGAGAUGGGUUCCAGGCACAGAUUAUAUGCUCGAUUCAACAGCACUGGAUGUGUUUCUAGACAAUCUGGUGGUGCGAUCCAGCGACAGAAGCCAUUCUCGAGGAUUUCUGGAUGGUAUGCACCACAUCUUUGCGAACUCAGCACCUAAGUCCACUCUGGUAUCUGCUGCAAAGAUUGUUAUUCUUGGAUCUCUCGCAAAUCGAUAUCGUCGAGAGUCACUUUCCAGCAUUGUUCAAAGACAAUACGGUAAGCUGUUAAUGGAUUACAAUACAGCUCUAUCACAAAAGAAGGGAAGUGUCUCUGUUGAGCACUUCUUUACUGCUGUUCUUUUGGGCUUGUAUGAGGUUGGUACACAUUCCAGCCAAUCAUUGACGCUCUCGUUGACUUUCUUCCAGAUGAUCGUAAGUGAUAACGCUGCACCUACACAGCAUCUUAUACAUGUACAAGGACUGGCCUCUAUCCUUGAGAAGGGCAUCACAAAUUCGGUACCAACGUCAAAUGUCGGUGUUUACUCACCUGGAGCUCAACUUGUCACAAAAGGCGCAUUGACCCAUAGCCUAGGUACAGGGGUUCUCUGUCCCCCCUUCGAGAAUUUCCAUCGUCGAUCUUUGGACCAGAUAAUAAUUAAGCUAUCUCCGCUCACGAGUCGUGCGGAAGUACUGCUGGCGCAAUCAUCUCCAUCUAUAGAAGCGCUUCUACAGCUUCAAGAAGAUUUACUGAUACUCAACGACGAAAUCGUGUAUUGGCCUGAUGAUAGGCCAUCUUUAUGGAACUCAAAGCUUGUUGGUUAUGUUUCGCUGCAAGGAUUCUGUUUCUCAGGUCCUGUUGAGGAAUACUUUGAUCUUUAUGUUGCAGCAGCAUGGAAUUCGUGGCGUUCCACACAUAUAAUCUACAUUGAUCAUCUUGUGCAUGUUGCCAAAGCCCUAGGUCAAUAUGAACUCAUUCCAUUGUACCUACAGAAGGUUUGCAGAUUAGCUGCAGGUCUCAAAGCAUCGAUUCCGUACCAUCUUUCUCAGAAUGUGGAAGAUUAUAUCAAACACGCCAAUGCUGGAAUGCCCUUCCUACACGCAGACCGCUUGGUUGGAGGAUUCCUACUACUUCACCCUUUAUAUGCCAUUGCCAGGUGCACAGUCGUUGACGCUACAACCAGGCAGUACAUCGCCAAUACUCUAGAAUGGAUUGGGCUUGAGAUGGGGAUUAGGCAGGCAACUGUUCUUGCUGGCUGCAUACAGCCUUAUGAACAAGGACCUUCAGCUAUGCAAACCUCACGGAUAGCAUUCUUGGAUGCACUUGAGGGACACUUCCUGAUCACGGCUAGCAUGAUGCUGGAACCUACUCAAAUACUGAGUGGUACUGCAUUGUGUUUAUGA